UAAAUGAAAAAAUGCAUUCGCGCAUGUCUCUCAUUUAAAUUAAUGUUUAAUCUUUGUGUUAUUUCAUUUUCAAAAAACAUUUCAUCAUAAAUACAAUUAUUAAAAAUGUUCAUCAAGCAUGAAUAUUCGAAAUUUUCAUCAUUAAUCAAAAACACAUCAACAAAUUUUUUUUUGUUUAACCUUCAAAAAUAUGAGACUGACAUAAUCAAGAUUUCGCAAAAGUUUUCAACGUUCAAAUAAAGGAAAUUUAUUUUCUAUUUAAAAAUGGAAUUAAGGUGCCAAAUUCAAUCGUACGCCUGGGGAAAAUGUGGCAGUGACAGUAUUGUUGCUAGUUUAAUGAAACCGUCAAAUCCAAAUAUUACAAUUGACGAAAAAACACCUUACGCUGAACUUUGGAUGGGCACACAUUCAAAUGGACCGUCACUUUUAAAAGAUGAAAAUAAAUCACUAGACGACUAUAUUAAAGAAAAUAAGCACACAUUGGGUUCACUAGUUUUAGAUAAAUUUGGAUCACAAUUGCCGUUUCUUUUUAAAAUAUUGUCUGUUAAUAAGGCAUUGUCAAUUCAAGUUCAUCCAAAUAAGAGUGAAGCAGAAGAAUUGCAUAAAUCACAACCGAGUGUUUAUAAAGAUUCAAAUCACAAACCGGAGCUCGCUAUUGCUCUGACACCAUUUGAAGCUCUCUGUGGUUUCCGUCCAGUUUCAGAAAUAAAAAAUUACCUGAAAUUAAUUCCAGAAUUGAGUGUGAUUAUUGGAGAAGACGUUGUUCUCGAAUUAUUUACAACAGUAUCCGAAGGGCCUCUUAAUCUCAGUUUAAAAAAGUGCUUCCAGAAACUUAUGACUUGCGAUGAAAAUGUCGUUGCACAACAGUUAAAAAAGUUCAUUGAAAGAGUAUCCAGUAUGGGUCCAGUCAUCAGACAGCUAUUAAAUUUAAAUUUAUUGGAACGUUUAUACAGUGAUUAUCCAGGUGAUGUAGGAUGCUUUGGUAUUUAUUUUUUUAAUUACCUAACUUUACAACCAGGUGAAGCAAUGUAUCUUGGUGCCAAUGAGCCUCACGCUUAUCUUUCAGGAGAUUGCAUUGAAUGUAUGGCAUGCUCCGACAAUGUUGUGAGGGCUGGUCUAACGCCCAAGUUAAAGGACACUAAUACUUUAAUAAAUUUGUUGAGUUAUAAAUGUGAACCAAGUUCCGCGAAACGUUUUCAACCAUCUCGAGAGGACGACUGCACGGAAGUUUUCCGACCCCCUGUACCUGAUUUUGCAGUAUCAAGAAUAACGAUUCCCCCUGGUAGAGCAUCUUAUACAUUAAUUGAAAGAUCAGUGGGAAGUAUUUUAAUAAUAGUGAACGGAAAAGCGGAAAUUACGUUUUCCACAACGAAAGUACUAAAUCGUGGCUCAGUGAUUUUUAUUCCAGCAAAUGAACGUGUAUAUAUGAAAGUUUUAUGUGGCUGUCAUCCCAUGUUAAUGUUUCAAGCCUUCGCCAAUGUUUAAAAUAUUUAUUUCAUACUAAUCAAAAAACAAGAAAGUUUUAUCGUCCGUUAUCAAUUUUAAGAAGACAACUUUUCGAGAGGAAAAUAAUUUUUACAAUUUGUCUUCCGAAAAAAAUGAUAUUUUAAAUGAUAUUUCUGCCAUACUUUUUAUAAAAUUUUACAGAUUUUUUAUUUAAAAUUUAAUUUUACAAACUUUUUAUUAUUAUGCUAAUUUGUUAUGUUUUGUCUAUUAUAAAUUAAAAUGUUUGUAUUUUAAAAAAAACUGGUUUAGGAGACAUAAUUAUGUUAAGAGUGAUUUUUGAAAAUUGUACUAUUGAAUUUUAAGAGCAAUCGAUGCAAAGAAUAAACAAUAGAAAAAUGA